AUGAUAUCUGGAGCUGAUCCUUCUGAACUGAGCGAUGUGACUGUAGCUGAUGAUUCUUGUUCUUUGCUACUGGUUUUCAAAGCAAGUGUGGUCGGUGACAGCUCGCUGAAAGUCACUGAGGCGAUUGCUGGCACGCUAUGUGGAGUUUCUGUGGAAGCACUUUCUUCUGAUUUUGAUGAAAGCGAAGUUCUGGAAGAACUGAUGAUCGCUGAAGUCUGCUGCUCUUCGCUGCCAGCUGUUGUUGACUCUUCUAUUUCUGUGACAGUUAGCAGUGAUCCAGCUUGUGUAGUGAAAUGCGAUGAAUCUGAUGCAGACUGGAAUGUAGUCAGUGUUGACCAAGUCACUGAAGAUUGA